AUGCGGCUUAGCGGAGCAGUCAAGUUCCUCGUCUUGGGGCUCUCGGCGAUCUCUGUCGCUGAGGCUACUUUGCUGGACGUCAACGCCAUUGGUCGCAACAUAAGGGCACUCCAGAAGAGACAGACCGAUGACGAUGGUGAAUCAAAUGCUGCUACGACGACUACUCAAUCUUCAUCAUCGGCAGCUUCAUCGUCGACAACCUCAACCCGGAUUACCACAACCGCCACCACUUCGAGCACAUCAGCUAGUCCGACCAUAACUUCCACAACAAGGGGACCAACAAGUCCGACUACAUCUUCCAGCCAGCCACCACAGACCACAACAUCAGACUCCCUUUCGUCCACCUCAGAUGCGACGUCAUCGACUUCUGAGCCUCCGAACUCGGAUUCGACACAAUCUCAGACGGUCAUGACGACCUUCACGACUAUUACGACCACUAACUCGGACGGCUCGCAGAUGACGCUGACCAGUUCAUUCGUGACAACUGCAACUGCUGGUCUUGCUAGCGGUGGAAGCGGAUCGGAACAAGGCAUGUCAGAGCAGACUCGCAACACGGUUAUUGGCGUGGUUGUUGGUGUCGGUGGCGCCAUCAUCCUCGGCGGAUUGGCAGUGGUUGCCUGGAGAAUCUGGGGACGCAAGAAGCCUCAGGAGGAAGCUGACGGCCUCAUGGAUUACAACAGCACCGUCGAAAAGCCCGAGUCUGGAGCCUCCAUGACUGGGCGCUCACCUUUCCAAAGUACCCUAGAGAGCUAUCAUGCGCCGACGCAGGUCAAUACAGCAGCAAACUUCUAG